AUGGUGCUCUCGGAAACACAACCAAAUCUAAAGAAGUCUUCUUCACAAACCGAUAAGACCAUGAAGCUUUUCUCCGUCUUCACCUUCGCCGUCGUCUCCGCCUACCCCACCAACGAUACCCAGACCGAGCAAGUCUCCGACCAAGUUCCCCAGGUCACGAACCAGGUUCCUCAGGUCUCCGACCAAGUCGCUCAGGAAACCAACCAGACCGCUCAGGUUUCCGACCAAUACGCCCAGGUGUCCAACCAGCUCCCACAAGUCUCUGACCAGCUUCCUCAGGUCUCCGACCAGGUCGCUCAGGAAACCAACCAGACUGCUCAGGUCUCCAACCAACUCCCACAAGUCUCCGACCAGGUCCCACAAGUCUCUGACCAAUACCCCCAGGACGACACUCAAGUUCCACAAAACUCCACUCAAAUCGAGCAGAUCUCCAACCAGUUCCCACAAACUUCCGACCAGGUCCCCCAAGUCUCCGAUCAACUCCCCAAGACGACAACCAAGUUCCCCAGAACUCCACUCAAAUUGAACAAAUCUCCAACCAGGCUCCACAAGUCUCCGACCAAGUCCCCCAGGGAUAUUAAAAAUCCUUCUUCAAAAAAUCUGAAAUUUGACAGCUCUGUCCCCAAAGAAAUGAUAAUUUACUUUCACGUUCUGUACACGAGUUCUCAAGUCAGCAACAAUAAACAACAAAAUAAUCUUUCCAUAAUUUCGUCUCUCUCUGUUUUUAUUCAAAACUAA